CCUAAUUACUAAUGUACCAAACAAUUACAAAAAGAACAGAAGUUUUUUCUUUAAAUUGAAACAAAACAAAAAGAUCAUUUCACUGCCGUUGAUUACUACUACGUAGUACUAUUAUUCCUCCAAAACAUUAAUUCAACCCCAACUUGGAAAACGGGCCACCAGAAUUGGCAGCUACAAUAUCUCCUCCUUUCUUGCGAUUCAUAUGCAGAGGCCAUUGCUUCAUCUUUUUCCAGAGGAGGCAAUGGAAGAUCCACAACCUCAAACAUUACUGCAAAAGAUCUAUGCCUAUAAAACAAUGGUAUGGGAGGCUUAUAGAAGCAAGCCAAUCUCAAUAUGGAUUCUGCUACUCAUAAGUUCAGCAUCAAUGUUAGUUGCAUUUCCUGCGUCCAGCCUCUUGUCCCGCCUUUAUUUUGCCAACGGUGGGAAAAGCAAAUGGAUUAUUUCGUGGGUUGCGGUUGCGGGUUGGCCCCUCACUGCCCUCAUCUUGGUCCCCAUGUACUUUUUUCUCGAAAUACAUCCCACUCCAUUGGACCUCAAGUUGAUCAUCUCAUAUGUUGUGUUGGGAUUUUUAAGUGCUGCUGAUAAUCUCAUGUAUGCUUAUGCCUAUGCAUACCUCCCAGCUUCUACUGCUGCUCUUAUUGCAUCCACAUCACUUGUUUUUUCCGCACUUUUCGGGUUCCUUUUAGUGAAAAACAAGAUGAAUGCGUCUAUUAUUAACUCGAUCGUGAUCAUCACUGCUGCCAUGGUCAUUGUUGCACUGGAUUCUAACUCCGACAGAUACGGGUACAUAACUAACCAUGAAUACGCAAUGGGGUUUGUGUGGGAUAUUGUGGCCUCUGCCCUUCACGGGCUGAUAUUCGCUCUUUCGGAGCUGGUCUUUGUUAAACUGCUCGGCAGGAUAUCUUUCCAUGUCGUGUUGGAACAACAGUUAAUGGUUUCUCUCUUUGGGUUCCUCUUCACGACGGUUGGGAUGGUCGUAACGGGCGGUUUCCAGGGUAUGAAAUCCGAGGCGGCAACUUUUGAGGGCGGGGAGUCUUCGUACUAUCAAGUGAUCGUUUGGUCCAUUUUAACCUUCCAAUUCGGUGUUCUUGGAAGCACGGCGGUUGUGUUUAUCGCGUCCACCGUGCUCGCGGGUGUCCUGAAUGCUAUAAGAGUGCCCAUCACAAACAUCGCUGCGGUUGUGUUGCUGAGUGACCCAAUGAGUGGGUUCAAGAUCAUUUCUUUGAUAAUUACAUUUUGGGGAUUUUGCUCUUAUAUAUACGGCAGCUACCCCAUGAAGAAAGAUUCAUCCUUACACAAUGAAAGCAGAGAAACAAGAGAAGCAAGCAAUUGAAAGAUAUAUAUACUUGUAUUCUGAUUCAUAAUUUAUGACAGGCCAAUGAUAAACCUUAUGUCUUUUCCACUUUGUGCUGUGGCACCAUUCUUAGAAGCAGGCCUAGUAUUUUUUUUUUUGGAGAGGGCUGCUCCACUAUAGUGUAUUCAUAGUUGUUACGGUGGGGUUUUGUGGCGCGGCGCCUCCAAACUGCCAUACCGCCAUGGCGAUAUGGCGCCCGUCGUGGCGGCAUCGCGGUGAUAAGUCGACAUAGGUGUACUAAUAAAUUCAUAAUAUGUUGGGAGAACUAUCAAAUAAGCCCUCGAACUUUCAUAAAAAGUGCAAAUAAGCCUUUUUACAGGAAGCUUUGUCCGGCUGUCGCCAUUUGGGGCGGUUUCCGGUGGAAUUUUUUAAUGAAAUUUUUUGAGCAUCUCGAUUGAAGUUUAGUCAUGGCUAGAGGAAGGAAGGAUCGUUGUAUGUGAUGCAAGCUAAGCUCUGCAAAGGAAAAGUAAAUGUAACCACUGAUGACAUGGAGGUAUGACAUAAACGACUUGGCCACAUCAGUGAGAAAGGACUUCACAUAUUUGUCAAGGUGCAGGUUUGCUACUACCCCCAAUUAAGUCGGGAGGGGAGAUGUUGUUGGGAUCCCUCCUUAAUUGGAGAGAUUCUAGAAAAUUCUAGAGCUUUCUAGAGAAGUAUAGAAUUUGUAGAACGUUCUAGAGAAUCCUAAAGAAGUCUAGAACUCUCUAGAAGCUCAUGGAAGAGUGUGAAAUUCUCUGAAAUAUUCUGGAGAUGUGUGGAACCUUAUGAAAUCUUAUGGAAAAGUAUGUAAGUAUAUGAAAUGGAAUGGAGGGGUGUAGAGAUUCCUUGGAGUUCUCUAGAAUAUGUAGGCAUAUAUAGAGAAUUCUAAAGAACUACUCUCCACCAUUUAUUAUGGAGGUGGAGUAGUAUAAAUAGGAGUAGAUGUCAUCAUUUCUAACCAUCGUAGCAAGAGAGAAUUCACUUUUUAGAGUGAAAAAGUUAGAGAGCCUUUUUGAGAGAGAAGUGAGAUAGCUUGGGAAGUCUCUAUCCUCAAACUUGAGUGAACCAUCAUUUAGUGAGACAAUUUUGUAACAUCAUUGUAAAUACUACUCCAACAUAGUGGAGAAAUCUUUCCACUAUACUAUUCUUUUGUAUAGUGGAAAAAUCUUCGAGAAUUUAAAUUGUGUGCUCUCAUUACUACCUUAAUUCCUAAGUGUCUAUGUCUAUCUUAAAUUCACGAAGCGGAAAGGUCCGUGUUUUUCCAACAGCGAUACCAACCCAACAAUAUCAAGAAUGUUUGCAUAAGUAACUCAUAUUAGAUGCAUUGUUGUUAAUACCAUUCACACCCUUCUCCAGGAUCUAGUUAUUAAUGAUAAUUCUUUUGCCAAUAUUUGAACCAGAACCCCACUCAUUGUUUGUUAACUUGUGAUUAAAGUUCAAUUUACAUCCGUAUAACGGUUUGGUCUGUACUGAGCGCACUUAAAGAUGAAGUGUCAAUCUUUUUUUAGUUAUUAAUGAUAGUUCUAAUAAAAAUCCCUAGGCCUCUAGCCUAAUAGUGUGCAUCCGUUACUUAUUUUAUAACCCUAAAAUCUUUACAUUUUUUUAGGUAUUAUGGCUACGGUCUCCAACUAGUUUGCCGCCACCAACCCCACAGUUGAGCAGUCAUUUGCGGUGCUUCACUUUUAACGGACAUCGACGCCACCUGUAAAGUACAGUAGCUUGAUUGAUUAUUUACUCUUGUAUUUUUUCAUACUGAAUGGAUUCUGAUCUUUCGCAAUAUAUUUUCACCCCUUUUUGAAUGGAAAUCUUCUUGCAAUCCAUUUAUUAAGAUUGGGGGAUUCCUGUUUUGAAUGGAACUCAUGUUUUUAACAAGUUUGCUAAGGGAAACAUCCAAGCAAUGAAUAUCGAUCUUUCAUUCCUUUCUUGAAAAGAGAGAAUGAAUGUAAGCAAGCGUAGAUAGGCAAGGGAAGUAUGGGGACUUCUUGAACAUACCUCACAUACAUAUGAUCUAUCCAAAUAACAGGAGAGACUCAUAGGGAAAGAGAAAUAAAUCACAUACUCAUCGUCGAAACUUGAAUA